AUGAAUAAAACAUCUCAAAUCUGGAAUGCUUUAAGAAACGAUAACACCCCCAAUGAUAAGAAAUUUUUAGGUCUAACUCCCCGUAAAGUGAAAAAUCCUCAAACUCGGGAUCAAUUCAAUCUCUGGAUUGCUGAGAAACUUGCAAUAGAAUAUAAAGAAUAUAAAGAAUAUUAUAUUCCGUAUGAUUGGAUAGGUGAUAAGAAAUACCAAUUACACGAUAGAUUGCAUAAGCAUGUUGUAGAUUUGCUAAGAGAACGAGGUUACAGAAUAAUUAAUUCCAGACCUUGGUAUGAAAUGUUAAAAUGGGUAGAUAAACCAGAUAAAUAUCUUAACAAAUUUCGUCAGAAUCGAAUAAUACGUCACAACUAUUUUACAUUGAUAGUUGACGAUCAAUAUGCGGAGCAUAGAGUCUCUGACUCAUAUUUUAAUGGAUUUUUUUUUGUACCAGAUUCCCAUGUAAACUGA